AUGUCACAGCAACAAAUUGUAACAGAUGAAUUGGUUCAAUUGCAGAAAGAAUUGAUUUCUAAGAAUCCACCUGAUGUUUUACAAUUUUGUGCCAAUUAUUUCAAUUCUAAAUUACAAUCUCAAAGGAAUCAAUUAUGGUCUCAACAAGCAAAAGCAAAUGCUGCCGGGAUUAAUUUAUUCCCUAAUGUUGAUAAUAUGACCUUCAAUCAAGCAGGAGCUGCUUUCAUACAUGAUAGACAACCAAGUUUUAAAUCUCCAUUUGGUUUAAAUGAUCCUCAUUCUAUACAUGACCAUGACCCUCAUGCACCUAUAGUUGAUCAUAAUGGUCAACAAUCAGAUAGACAAGUAGGUGGUGGUGGUGCUGGAGGUCUCUUUAAAAGCAAUUUUGGUGUUAAUACAUCCCCAACUGACCAGAAGAUCAAAGAAGUUGAUCCUUCUGCUCCACAAUCAAUAGAAUCACAACGACAACAACACCAUAAUGUUGCUCAAUUGGUAAGUAAUAUCCCUAUUGCGUUUAAUGCCAAUAGAAGGACGUCUGUAUCUGCAGAAGCUUUAAAUCCUGCAAAAUUAAAAUCAGAAAGUUGGAAACCUCCAGUUAAUAAUUUAUCAUCAAGUGAAGAAGAAACUUUAGCUGCUAAUUUAAAACAAAAUUUCCUUUUUAAACAAUUAGAUCCAACUUCUAAAAGAACAGUCAUCUCGGCAUUAUCAUCAAGAAAAUUCCCAAAGGAUACUGUUAUUAUUAAACAAGGUGAUGAAGGGGAUUAUUUUUAUAUUAUAGAAAAAGGUACUGUUGAUUUUUAUGUUAAUGAAGCUAAGGUUAAUACCAGUAGUGAAGGUUCCUCAUUUGGUGAAUUGGCAUUAAUGUAUAAUGCUCCAAGAGCAGCUACCGCAAUAGCCGCAACUGAUGUUUCUUGUUGGGCAUUGGAUCGUUUAACUUUCCGUCGUAUCUUAUUGGAAGGUACUUUCAAUAGAAGAUUAAUGUAUGAAGAUUUCUUGAAAGAUAUUGAAGUCUUGAAAUCUUUGGAUGAUCAUGCUCGUUCUAAAUUAGCUGAUGCAUUACAUACCGAAAUGUAUCAUAAAGGAGAUAAGAUUGUUGUUGAAGGUGAACAAGGUGAAAACUUCUAUUUGAUAGAAAGUGGUAGUUGUAAAGUUUAUAAUGAUAAAUUGGGUGAAAUUACUACAUUAUCAAAAGGUGAUUAUUUCGGAGAAGUUGCAUUAUUAAAUGAUUUACCAAGACAAGCUACUGUUGAAGCUUUGGAUAAUGUUAUUGUUGCUACUUUGGGUAAAUCAGGUUUCCAAAGAUUGUUAGGUCCAGCUGUUGACGUAUUAAAACAACAUGAUCCUACCAAAACUGAAGAUCCUACUGCUGUUGCUUCAUCUAAUGCAAGCACUACUGUUGUUAAUUAG